AUGGCAGUGAACAAUUCAACAACUAUGGACCCAUUCGUCUGGUUAAACGGCACGUCUUCUGCCAAGGGUGCGUCGGCAGGGGGGUUUUCAGAGGCUGACCUCUUGCAGAUUUAUACCUUUGUUGCCGCUCUGAAGCUGUAUGACGUUACCACGUACCUCCUCUGGGGUAUAGGCAUCCCCAGCAACAUUUUCAGCUGCUUGACGUCUUCUAAAAUACGGCCCGUGUCAUCGUCUACUGUAUUCAUCACCAUACUGGCUAUGGUGGAUUUACUCUAUAUAGUGUGGGACGGGCUGUUCUGGCUCCUCAUCCCCACCCUGAAGGUUUGGAUGCCGUCGGAGGCAUGCCGACUGUAUUUAUUCACCGGUUCUGUGCUGAUGCACUAUUCCGUCUGGUUAAUGGUGGCCAUCACAGGAGAGCGUUUUAUUGCCGUCUGGCUGCCACUGAAAGUGUCCAACAUUUGUACAACGAGGCGUGCGGCAGGCGUCAGCUUAAUCAUGCUAGUCUGUAUCGCGGCGAUGAACAUUCCUUAUACUUACAUACCCCACUCUUACUUGACCCCAAUCGGCGCCUGGUUCUGCCGAUAUGAACCCUCCUACGCCGAUUUCAUCAGCAAGUGGACUUUUGUCGACCAUUCUGUGUACAUUCUGGUUCCUUGGCCUAUCCUUACUUUCUGCAACGCCAUGAUCAUCUGCGGCCUGCGCCUGUCAUCCAAGCGGAAGCAGAGAUUGACGAACCAAAUUGACGAAACAAAGAACCCCAAUCUGAGCAUUACCAUCAUGCUAGUCUCUGCUAGUGUGAUCUCUCUCAUUCUCCUAACACCAAACAUGGUUUUCUUUCUCCAUGUUCGCUCAUCCCAGUGGAAUUAUGAAGCAACAGCAGAAGAAUACGCCACUUAUACGUUCCUCAGCGCGUUUUUCUUUUUCCUUUCGAGCAUGAAUCACGCUAUCAACUUCUGGGUGUAUGUUGUAAGCGGCAGAAGAUUCCGGCAGCGGUUUUUUGAUCUGAUCAGAUGUCGAGGCAAAGGGGCUAAGAAGUAUAUUCAACCCUCCACCACUCUUUCAAAGCUCUCUUCCGUGGCAAUGCAGGCUGACGAGAAGGUAGUAAAAGUUGAAGAGAAACCGCCAAUGGCUAAUGGUAAAGACGAAAAAUGUCAUCAGUAG